GUUAAAUGUCAUUAAAUAGCACGAUACGUUGUGUAAGUCAACUUGAAAAUAUUGUAGUGUACAAAUAGAAAUAGAAAUUCUUUCUUUUCUCUAGCAUUUGAGAUGGGAAACCGGAUAAGUGAACUUUUACCUACUGUAUCGAGAAGUUUUAAAAAUUACAACAUUGAAAAUCGAUCACACAGAUUUAUUCAAAAGGACAAAUUACCAGCUGCACCACGACAUGACUCCACGGCAGACAUACUAGACAAAUUCUCGAAAGAACACCCCGAGUUAUAUGAAGCUCAAAAAGUCAAGGACAAUGUGCUAGACGAACGUUUAAAAACAUUACAUAUAGAUUCAACUGGGAAAAAUCAAGAUAUUGUGGCCAAAAAAUUGCCUGAAAGUAGAAAAGAAACAGAAGACCCUGAAUUCGGAUUCGAUGAACCUGCUUCAAUACCAGAAGGAAGAGUGACUCUUCGUAAAACAUUAGAAUUUAUAUUGAAUCAUCAAAAAUAUCCUGAAGAAUUCACACCAGAACAAGUUGCCAAGGAAUAUAAGUUGGAUCCUGUUCAAGUCAAACAUGUGUUAAAACAUUUUCAGACUUUUGAAUUGCAUGUAUCUAAUGAAUUCAAGAAAAGGAAUGAAAAAGCUGUGAAAUAUUUGUCCUCACAAAGACAAGAGCCUACUGUUUAUAAGCUUGCUGAGUUGACUGAUUUAUCAAAAGACAAAAAAACAGCAAACAAAUAAAUUUCAUCUUUGUUCAAGUUGUUGUUUGUGAACGAGAAUGAAUUAUCUCUGUUCAUGCAUUUUGAUAUUGAAAGAAAUAACAUGCUUACAUAUUUCAAACCGGGUUCUCUCUCGGACAUUUGUCAGAUGCAGAUGUAACAUUGACAAAAAAUCCAAAAUUUGUUUGUUUCUUUUUAUUUGCAUGAUGUCACAAAAUGAACUUGUGGGAUGCAUUAGACAUCUUUUCUAGCAUUUUGAUCUUCUACAUAUGUAACACAUACUUUAGUUACCAUGGUUACUGAGAGCAUGAUGUAGUUUUGUUA